UUAGCUCCUUCCUCGUUUUUAUGACGCAGUGGAGACUGAACGCGCUCACUCACUGUUUUAUUCCAGCAGGGGGAGAGGAGGAGGCGUCACAUUUGCGCUGAGUUUGGAACACGGCACACACGCGCCUUUUACGCACGGACGCAGGUGGAUGCUGGCAAGCGACGCGGCUCAGACGAGAUGUUCCCCCUGGCCCAGUUCGGGGCGCUGUCGUCUCUGGCCGUCGCGCUUACCUCAGUGCUGUCUGCGUUCCUGCUGCUGGUUCUGACCCGGCAGCUGUGGAGCCUCCGCUGGAGUCUGACACGGGACACGGAGAGCAGCCUGCCGCUGCCGAGGGGCUCCAUGGGCUGGCCCCUGGUGGGCGAGACCUUCCACUGGCUGUUCCAGGGUUCUAACUUCCACAUCUCACGGAGGGAGCGUCACGGUAACGUGUUCAAGACCCACCUCUUGGGGAAACCUGUCAUCCGGGUGACGGGUGCGAGCAACAUCCGUAAAAUCCUGCUGGGGGAGCACAACCUGGUAUGCACCCAGUGGCCCCAAAGCACCCGCAUCAUCCUGGGACCCAAUACCCUGGUCAACUCCAUCGGGGAUCUGCACAAGACCAAGAGAAAAAUCCUAGCUAAAGUCUUUAGCCGGGGGGCUCUGGAGUCCUACCUGCCCCGGCUGCAAGACGUCAUCAAGUCUGAAAUUGCCAAAUGGUGCUCAGAGCCCGGUGCCGUGGAUGUUUACAGCGCCGCCAAGUCCCUGAUGUUCCGCAUCGCCAUCAGCGUCCUGCUAGGCCUGCAGCUGGAUGAGGAUCGCAUAGUUUACCUGGCUCACAUCUUUGAGCAGCUGAUGAACAACCUGUUCUCACUCCCUGUAGAUGGCCCAUUCACCGGCUUACGCAAGGGAAUAAAAGCCAGAGAGAUCUUACACUCUGCCAUGGAGAAAAUCAUUGAGGAAAAAAUGGAGCAGCAUCUGGUGGAGGACGAAUAUCAAGACGCCUUUGACUACAUGCUGUCUGGUGCCAAGGAGCUCGGCCAGCAGCUCAGCAUCCAGGAACUCAAGGAAACAGCGGUGGAGUUGGUCUUUGCUGCUCACUCCACCACAGCCAGCGCGUCCACCUCGCUGGUACUGCAGCUUCUUCGCCACCCGGCAGUGGUGCAGAAAGCCAGGAAGGAGAUGGAAACGGAGGGCCUAUUCUGUGAUCUUCACAAUGGUCUCCAUCCAUCAGAGGCUACCGCGGACAGGGAGGAGGACGCCACUGACACCGCCCACCUUCUGAAUGGCAGGAGGAAAAGCUAUCAGCUCUUUGGCGGCAGCAGGGAGGACUCGCCACCUUCCAGGUCUCACAUUCCUUACCUGAGCCUGGAGAAGCUCAGCCAGCUCCAUUAUAUCGACUGUAUUGUCAAAGAAGUCCUCCGAUUCCUGCCGCCCGUCUCCGGUGGUUACCGGACCGCGCUGAAGACCUUUGAACUGGACGGCUACCAGAUCCCAAAAGGCUGGAGUGUCAUGUACAGCAUCCGGGACACCCACGAGACCGCCGCAGUGUUCCAAAGUCCAGAGCUGUUCGACCCGGACCGAUUUGGCCUGGACCGGCACGAGAGUCGGUCAAGCCGUUUCAGCUACGUGCCAUUUGGCGGCGGCGUGCGGAGCUGCGUGGGUAAGGAGUUGGCACAGAUCAUCUUAAAAACUCUGGUCGUGGAGUUGAUUGGGACCUGCAGAUGGACUCUGGCCACCAAGAGCUUCCCAAAAAUGCAGACGGUGCCCAUCGUGCACCCGGUCAACGGUCUGCACCUGCAUUUUACCUACAAUGUCCCACUUUAGGUGCAGAGACAGACUCUCAAAAACACGGGUCUGGAACCUUCAGUCUGCUUUUGUAAAGUUCUUUAAAGCCAAAAGAAAGGCAGCUGUCCUGAUGUGACGCCACGGCACAGUUCUCAUCUCCCACUUUGUCUCAUUGCCCACAAACCUUCAAGACUUUACUGUUUUUGGAACAUCACCUCAUCAGUCCUGCAGCAUCACAACCUUCUGGUUCACUCAUCGGCAGCUUUACCGCUGAAGCAUUUACCGUAUUUUCCCGAGUGCAAGUUACUCCGGUCAAAAAAAUCAUUGUGAAGAAGAAGAAGAAGAAGAAGAAGAAAAAACCUCUUUAACAAUCGUAACAGAGAAUAAGCUGCAGGAUCUCUGAAACAAGUAAAAUCCCUGCAACCUAUACUCCAGAAAAUACAGUAUUUGUGUUGGAGGGAAUCGUGCUCAGUGCCGUCGACAUUCUCGGCAUGUCUUUGUGAAGAUGGUGCCUUAAAUUUUUGUGUCUGCUUCUGGAUCAAUUCGUGACUCGUGUGUUGAGUCCAAACGUUGGGUCGUUUGUCGGCUGUUUGCUGUCUGUAGGUUCAGUGUUAUUUCUAAGUAUGAAUGUGACAUACAUAAAAAAGAGCCCUCUUAGGUUAGGGUUAGGGUUAUUGUUUUAUGACAAUAAAUCAAAAUUCUAAAAAUUCAGAUUUUAAGCAACAGCUUUUAAAAUAUUUUUUCUGCAGAUUCUAAAUUAAAUAUGAAUCACAAAUAAACAUCUUUUGGUGGCUUCCCUCACCACAUACCAUCUUACUCUCAACAUUUAUUCAUCAAUGAAUUCACUUAACUCCAAGAAAAUGUUUUUGCAUUCACCCAGUGGAUUAUUUGUGAUAUCUUAAUUUAAUUUUGAUCAUAUUGAACUGAUUUAUUUCCUGUGAUGUCAAAGAGUGGGAUUUUUGAUUUAAUGUCAUAAAACACAGACUUGAAAUCCCACUUUUACUUUGAUGGGUACUGUGUGUCAUUAACAGUUUUUAUUUGUGUAUCACAUGAAGUAGUGUUUGGAAUAAGCUGUAUUUAAAGUUGUGUAGGUGCAUAAAUUUACUGCAUCGUAUUCUGUAAUUGUGAAUAUAGGAAAUAGACACUAACCGAUAUAAAGUACGUAAAACUCUUUGUCUUUAAUUAUUGAGAGUAAAUCUGUUCCUGUCCGAUUGAGUUUCUUGAAUGGACACGCUGUGAAAUGGGGACACGCGGAUGGAUUCUUGGAAGGACAUACGAGUAGCACUUUCUCUGCUUUAAGGAGUCUGUAAAUAUUUGUUGCGUUUGUUCCGUCACUGAUGUAGCUGCUGUACAGAACGUAAAGAGGAAAUAAAAGUUUUUUG